UAAUCAAGCAGCUAACAAGCCUCGAGCAGGCUAAUCCUCUUAAAUAAACAACAAUCCUUUUUACAAAUCACAUAAACAAAAACAACACAAAAUUUCUGUUAAAUACAAAAAUUUAAGGGAGGCCUUUAAGAUCAAAACUUUCUCUUGUUAGCUCUGUAAUACUACUACUACUACUAAUAAUUAAUUACCGCGUUAAUUAAUUAAUUAAGCAAUGGGAAAGUCUACAGUAACCGCCUCCUUGUUGUUAUCGUGUCUACUCUUGAUGGUUGUAACCAUGGUUCGAUCUGAGGAUCCGUAUUUGUUCUUCGACUGGAAGGUUACCUAUGGUACCCGUUCCCCCCUCGGGGUUCCUCAACAGGUUAUUCUCAUUAACGGAGAAUUCCCUGGUCCUAACCUUAACACCACUACCAACAACAACAUUGUUGUCAAUGUCUUUAACCACCUUGACGAGCCUCUUCUCUUCACCUGGAGUGGAAUACAACAGAGGAAGAACUCAUGGCAAGACGGUACACCAGGAACAAUGUGUCCAAUCCUACCAGGAACAAACUACACUUACAGAUUCCAAGUAAAAGAUCAAAUCGGAAGUUACUUCUACUACCCAACCACGGGCUUCCUACGAGGAGCGGGCGGGUUCGGCGGGCUUAGGGUCAACAGCCGUCUCCUAAUCCCCGUCCCAUUCGCCGACCCGGAAGACGACUACACCGUCUUGGUCGGUGACUGGUACCAAGACAGCCACACCGCCCUCAAGAAACGCCUUGACGGUGGCAAAUCACUGGCCCGGCCCGACGGUGUACUCAUGAACGGUAGGCAAGGUAAGGUGGGUGACCUGAAAGAGGAGCCUCUUUUUACGAUGAAGCCAGGGAAGACAUACAGGUACAGGGUUUGUAACGUUGGGAUGAAGAACUCGAUUAACUUUAGGUUUCAAGGUCAUACUAUGAAGUUGGUUGAGAUUGAAGGGUCUCACACAGUUCAGAAUGAUUACGAUAGCCUUGAUAUUCAUCUUGGACAGUGUUACUCUAUGCUUGUUACUGCUGAUAAAGAUCCUAAGGACUACUACAUCAUUGCAUCCACCAGGUUCACCAAGUACCACCUCCAAGCAACCGGUAUAGUCCGCUAUGAAGGAGGAAAGGGUGCACCAUCAACAACCCUACCCGAGGCACCCGUGGGCUGGGCUUGGUCCUUGAACCAGUACCGAUCCUUGAGGUGGAACUUGACCGCUAGUGCAGCCAGGCCCAACCCACAAGGUUCAUACCACUAUGGUCAAAUCAACAUCACUAGAACCAUCAAGCUAGCUACCACCGCCGGCACCGUUGACGGAAAACUUCGGUACGCAAUCAACGGCCACUCCCACACCGACGCCGAUACCCCAUUGAAACUCCUUGAGUACUACCAAAUCGCCGACAAGGUGUUCAAGUACGAUGUCAUCAACGACGAGCCACCAAGUAACAUCGACACCUUGGAUAAGUUCACCACCGGGCCUAAUGUUCUCAACGCCACCUUCAGGAACUUCGUCGAGAUCAUCUUCGAAAACCACGAGAAGAGCAUUCAGUCCUUCCACUUAGACGGCUACUCCUUCUUCCCUGUCGCGAUCGAGGUAGGGCAAUGGACACCGGACAAGAGGAAGAACUACAACCUUCUAGACGCGGUGAGCAGGUACACGAUCCAAGUGUACCCGAAGUCAUGGGCCGCGAUCAUGCUAACAUUCGACAACGCCGGAAUGUGGCAGCUAAGGAACGAGUCCCCCGAACGGGCUUACUUGGGCCAACAGAUGUAUGUGAGUGUAUUGUCACCAGAAAGGUCACUAAGGGAUGAAUACAACCUUCCUGAUAAUUCUUUGGUCUGUGGACUUGUCAAGAACAUGCCAAAGCCACCACCAUACAGCAUUUGAAGUUGAUAAUUUAUUUUUAUUUAUUUAUUUCCAUUCUACACAAAAAAUAGUUGCGUUUUUUUUGAAUUUGUUAUUUUACGUGGAAGAAUUAAUAAAAUUAAGAUUUUAGUAGAGAAAUAAUUGAAAAAGGGAGGUGCAUUGGCAUUAAACUGAGUGAGUCAUUAUGUUGUAAUCUUGUAUUAAUCUUGGAGUUGUUAUUAAAUUGUAUCCAAACAAUGUUUUAAUAUCAAUGCCAAAAAAUCAAAAAAAAAAUUUGUUCAA